AAUGAAUGCUUGGAUUUUAGGAUCCUGCCUAAUACUAUUCCAUUGUUUUAAAGCAACUUGUUUGAAUUUUGCUUUAGAUGCCUUGUGCAUACAAGAUCGAAGCUACACUUACUCGGACAGACCAUCCUAUUCUAAUGAAGCACAAUGCACAGAUAAAUUUUGUCGUUUACGUUCUGGUAAUCUUAUGAUUGGAAGAACGAGUCCAAAAUACUUGCGAGCAUCUUCGACUUGCGGUACAAAUGGAACGAGAAGUUCGUACUGCGUUAUUCUUAACAAAAGAUGUGGUAAUUUAGAAGAGAAUUCUAAACGAUGUUACCUUUGUGAAAACAAUGCGCACAACAUUUCAAAUGUCUUGAAAUCAAAUUAUGAAUACGAAAGGCGAAGAAAAAGAGAUACUGAAGCAGCAUGCGAACCGACUUACGCUACUUGGUGGCAAAGUGAAAACGGUAUCCAUAACGUAUGGAUACAGUUUGAUCUACACGCAGAAUUUUACUUGUCCCAUAUUACGAUUUUGUUUAAAACUUUUCUGCCCGCCGCCAUGUUGAUUGAAAGAAGACGUGGACCUCCCGAUUCUUGGAACGUGCUCAGAUAUUACGCAGAGGACUGCAAAUCGAGUUUUCCUGGAGUUUCAACAAAACUUCCCUCGAAAGUUGAAGAUAUAGUGUGCCAUAAUAAAUACUCGAAAUCAAUUUAUCGCCCUUCCUACUUAGGGCAGUUUCAAUUUCGACCUUUUCCGCCUUAUUCAAACCCUUCUGAGUUGGAAAUAGACACAUUUGAAUAUCAAGAUUACCUUCGAUUUAACAGUCUGCGCAUCAAUUUUACGAAGUUGCACACCUUUGGAGAUGAGUUAUUAGCCAAGAGAAAUGAAAUUCUAAACAAAUAUUAUUAUGCAAUAUAUGAAUUAAGCGUCUAUGGAAUGUGUUCUUGUUAUGGUCAUGCUGAUAAAUGUCAGCUGGGAAAAAUUGAUGUGGAUGAUUACCAAGUUGCGGCUAACAAAGAAGAAGGAGUAGUUUAUUCCGUUUGUAAUUGCUUGCAUAACACUGAUGGUAAAAAUUGCGAAAAGUGUAAACCUCUUUACAACGAUUUACAAUGGGAGCCAGCUAUCAGUAAAGUCUUCGAAUGUCAAAAAUGCGAAUGCCACGGACAUGCAGACUCUUGCAAAUUCACACCAGAAAUUUAUGCUGAAAAUAUGGCAAAGUACAAUAAAAGUUCAGGUGGAAGCUGUAACUGUUACAAAAAUUAUACUGGAAAUAAUUGUCACAUGUGCAGUUUGGGUUUCUAUUUUCAAUACGAAUAUCCAGAUGAUUUCAGACGCCACGAUGCAUGUGUUGAAUGUAACUGUGGAACAGGUAGUCGAGUAAUUGACGCUCCUCGUGGUGGAGAUCAAACUGAUGUUAUACAAUAUGUUUGUCAACAUCAAACUGAGCGAGACAGUCAAGGAAACAUCCUGAAGAGAGCAGGGCAGUGCGAAUGUAAAGAAAAUGUUGAGGGUUAUCAUUGUGACAUUUGCAAAGACGGGUUUUGGAAUCUCACACUUGACAAUCCUUUGGGAUGUGAAAAGUGCACUUGCGCAAAAGAGGGGACGAUUGAAAAUAAGGGAUGCAAUAAAGUUACCGGAAAAUGUGAAUGUAAGCGUAAUGUUAUUGGUAAAAAUUGUGAUCAGUGCAAAGAAAACACAUACGGUCUCUCUGAUAGAGAAGAUGGAUGUGCCGAAUGUGACUGUCACUCCGGCGGUGCCAGAGAAGCAGGUUGUGAUGUAAAUACUGGUCAAUGUAACUGUAGACCAAAUAUGGCUAAUCGGACUUGUGGCGUUCCUAAAUCUGCCUAUUAUGUGCCGAACAUGGACUCUAUUUUAAUAGAAGCUGAAGUUUCCGUUAUAGAUCCUACUCCAAAUACACCAAUUGAAGAAAUAUAUGACCUGGCUGGAAUUCCUUCGACAGGCAAUGGUUUCAUAGAGUUUCCGUAUGGAGAAGAAAUAAAAUUUAAUUACACACAUAAGAAGCCGGACGGUCAUUUUUUCAUUGCCCUACGUCAUUCUUAUUUGCCUAGAUAUUCGAAUUUUGAAAUAGAUGUUAGAGUCGAUGCUCAUCAGCCUCAAAAUAAAUUUUGUAGUGAAAAAAUUCAAACAUCUCGACUGAAAGUAGAAGUAGAUCAAGUAUAUACAUUGGGACAUUCCGAUAAAUGCUUUGAACAAUGGAAAAAUUAUACGAUAACGCUUGGUCCUAUUUACGAAAAUGAAUUCUACCUCGAUUCAGUUAUACUCUUUCCAAAUAUCGAAAAAGUGGACAUCUUGGAAUCAAAAAAGUAUCCAGCUGGGACACUCCAACGUCGUUUCUUUUAUCAUCACUGUGAGAGUCCGAUUUUGGAUUUAAGAUACAGACAACAAGACAAAUUAAGUGAAGAUUGCUCAGAUAUGGCAUAUAUUAUUAUGGCUGUUGCUAAUGAUGGAGCUGAUCCUUGCAACUGUGACAGCGAAGGAAUAAAUAAAACAAGUGAGUGCGAAAAACUGGGAGGAGAUUGCACUUGCAAGAAGAAUGUAGAAGGGACGAAAUGUGAUAGGUGCAAAAAAGGAUAUUUCAACCUCGCCCAUCCUAACGGAUGCCAGUCAUGUGAUUGCCACGCUGAGGGAGCAACGGGAAUUUCGUGUACUAGAAAUGGAGAUUGCAUGUGCGACAAAGAAAAAAACAUUACCGGUCAAAAGUGUGAUCGCUGUAUUACACUUCACUACCGUUUCCCAUUUUGUGAUCCAUGUGAAUGCAAUAACAUGGCUGAUACCUGUAAUAAUCAAACAGGUGAGUGUCACUGUAAAAGUCAUACAACUGGAUGGAAUUGUGAUAAAUGCGAAAAAAACUAUUACAACUCGUUGAAACCUUUGGGAAAAGUUAGGUGUGAAGCAUGCAAAUGUCCUGGAACACCUGACUCUCUUUCAUACUUUGCUAGUGGUUGUGAGUUCUUGCCAAAUCUGGGAAGAGCCAAAUGUUUUUGCGAUAUUGGCUAUGCUGGGUACGCCUGCGAUGAAUGCGCAAACGGUUAUUAUGGUAGACCAAAGUUUGGGGAGAAAUGUAAAAAAUGUGAAUGCCACAAUAACGUUGAUCCUGACAGUGAAAAGAUAUGCGAUAAGGAGAAUGGAACUUGUUUUGAUUGUUUAUAUCACACAACGGGCAAAAAUUGUGAACUUUGUAAGAAUGGUUAUUAUCCUAACAAUAAACUGCUCGAUGGAUAUAAUGAUAUGCCACCGUGUCUAGAUUGUAAGUGCAAUUCUUUUGGAACAAUCAAGAGAGAUGAAAAUAAUUGUGUCAAUGAUUAUUCGGGGCAGUGUCGCUGUUUACCAAAUGUGGUAGGGCGCGCAUGUGACAAAUGCGUAGAUGAUAAACAUUGGAACUUCUAUAGUGGUUUGGGUUGUAAACCAUGCGAUUGUGACAUAAAAGGGUCGCUGGAUCCAUUCUGUUAUUCCGAUUCAGAUUUUAGCGGUCAGUGUAAAUGCAAAAUUGGUCGAGGUGGAAGAAAAUGUGAUGAAUGUGAGAAUGAUUAUUACGGCGAUCCUGAAGCUGAUAACUGUCAAGAAUGUAAUUGCAAUCCUUAUGGAACUGAAUACUCCGAAAGAAAUAUGCUUCAGCCCUGUAAUAAAACCACAGGACAGUGCAACUGCACUACAGGAAUAACUGGUUUGAAGUGUGAUAUGUGUGCUAGAGGUACUAAAGGCAAAGCUCCUGCUUGUGAACCAUGCGGAGAAUGUUUUGAUAAUUGGGAUAGAAUAAUCAAUGAACUAGCUGAUAAAACAGAUAACUUAAUAAAAAAUGCGACAAGUAUAAAAACAGACGGAACUUCCGGUGCAUUUAAAACAGAAUUCAAGUAUAUGGAUGAUGUUCUUUCGAAAAUACGAAAAAUCAUUAACAGUAACAAUUUUACAAGAGAAGAUUACGUGAAGAAACUUGCAAUGGCCAAAUCUAUAAACGAUUCUCUUCAAUCCGUCGAGAAAACGUUUGAGAAUUUGAUGAAAAAAGUCGUUCCUCGAGAAUUAGAUCUAAAAUCCUUGGAGCAUGAUAAUUCAGAAACAUUGCAAUUAUUUGACAAAUUACAAGCAAAUGAUACUAAGUUAAACAAGGAAGCUCAGAAUUUACAGGACAAAGUAGUUAAAGGUGCUGAAAAGAGUACGAAAGAAAGCUUAGAGAAAGUCAGACAAGCCAAAGAAUUUUUGAAAGCAGCAAAUGUUACAAGAAGAUUAAUAAUUGAAGAAAUUGAUGAAGCUAGAUUCAACAUUCGAUCUGGAUCAGUUCAUUUUGAUGAAAAAGUUGCUAAGAACAAAGAAAGAAUAGAAAAGCUAUAUCAAGAUGUUUCACUUCAAGAAAAUGACUUCUCAAAUAUCAACAGACUUAUAUGCGGAGUUCAAGUGAAGGACUGUCACAAAACGUGUGGUGGUAUAGGAUGUAAGAAAUGUGGAAUUGAAGUUUCCUGUGCAAACAGCACUCUAGAGAUCACCAAUAGGGCUACAAUGUCAAUUGAAAAAUUUCACAAGACUGCUCAAGAAAAACGUGGUUCAAUUAAAGAUGCAUUUAGUAAAACUGAAAAGAAAAAAAAUAGCAUGAACAAUUGGCUAAAUCAAAUUGAUAAUCUGGCAGAGAGUAUACAUGAUUUUAUGAAUACUACCAAAUCGACACUAAUUGAUGUAAAUGAGGUUUUAAACUAUGCAAAGUUCGUAAAAGAAAGUAAUCAUAAUCAGGAUGAUUUACGAAUCGUAUUAGAUCAAAUUUUAAGCAUGUCUCAUGUUUCGAAUCUUAAUGACGUAAAAAAUUUAUCGGAAGCCAUAACGAAAAUUGCGUCUAGCUUAAAGAAUAUAACUAAAAUCAUAGAAGAAACUGAGUCGAAGAAAAAAAAAGCAAACGAUCUUCUAAAUAAAGCUAAGCUUGCAAGUAAUUUAGCUAAAGUUGUUCUCAAAAAAGUUGAAGAUAUUGAGCGUAACUUGAACAUAUCAACGAACUUAACAUCCGUCAUUGAUGAUAUUAUAGCUAAAAACAAGAAAGCAUCAAAGAAAGGAAAUUCAACCUUUUUCAAUAUUACAAAACGCAUGGGUAAAAUAACAGAGAAAUUGAACAAAGUGCGAGCCACAGCUCAAAUCGUUCGUUCAAAUCUAGACAAGCAGUCUGAAAAUAAUGCAAUGAAUCAAGAAACUUUGGACAGGUCCAACAGCAGUAUUACUGACUCAACCGCUCGUCUUAAGAAAAUGGACAUUCGCUCGCUGGAAGCAAGGGGUGAGAAAAUUAAAAUAACUUAUAAUAAGACACUGGAGACGAAGAAAAGUCAAUGGACUAGGCUUAAAAAACUCUUGGCCCAGUCACAGAAACUGCUCGAAGAAAUGGAAGAAUUACCAGGCAAAAUGGUCAUGAUGAAUACUGAAUCUAUACAAUUAAAAAUGAAAUUAACAGAAAAAAUCAAAGUUUUAGAGGACAACUUGCAGAAAGUUAUUGUACUACAAGCAGAGUUCCGCAUCAUAAAUCAAAAACAUAGUCAGGCUCUUUCUGAUGCCCAGGGAAAGUAGACUUAUUGUUUGUUCAUUAUGUAGUUCCGUGUUCAAUGUUCCGUAGAUUAGUAUUUCUUCGAUGCUUUUCAUACAGUAUAUAGCGAUUAAGUGUUCGUGUAUGCACAUGUGUGAAUGAUCAAAUAAACAAAAGUCGUUCUUAUUUGU